AUGAAACAACUCUUGUUAAUUAUUUCUUUAAUAUUUAUAUGCUUAAAUAAUAUUUCAAUUUGUCAAGUUUACCCAACUGAUGAAAUUAAAGAUGUUAGAGGAUAUUGUUUAACCUCACCAAAAAAUGUAGGUGAAAAGAUUACAAUUGAAAAUUGUAUACAUUCUCAAACAACAAAUAAUGAUCAACAACAAAGACUACAACAGUUAUGGACAUUUUCAUUAGGUAAUAAAAACUAUCCAACACUUGAAUCUUUAAGUGGAUUAUGUGCACAAAUUUCAAAUAACACUUUAAUUGCAAUUCAAUGCACAACAACAUAUAGUUCAAAUUCAUUCUUUUCUGCUCGUUACAUUGAUGGUGCAUUCUUAAUUAAAUCUAUAAAAUCUCAAUCGUGUUUACAAAGUUCUUUUAAAAUUGGGGAAUCACCUUUUUUCACCAAUAAUUGUGAUGGUGAUGAAAAUCAAAAGUUUUUUAUUGAUUUAACUUUUAAAGAAUUUUCACCAGUUUAUAAUCAAAAUAAAAUUCCAUUAACAAUGUCAUUGUCAAAUGUGAAUUAUUUCCUUGACAGUAAUGACGUAAAUUCUCAAUCUGGUGUUUACAGAGGUUGGGAAAGAGAGUUACCAGGUUUAAUAGUAAAGUUUAAUACUGAUUGCACUUUAACCAUUUCUGAGGGUAAUUCAGUUGUUUGGAAAAAUGUUGAAAGUUCACCAAUUGGUUGUUCACCUUCUGCAGUUUUAAAAAUGCAAAUAGAUGGUAAUUUAUGUACCUAUAUUCAUGAAAAUAAUCCAAAUGCAAAUUGGUGUUCAAUGACACAAGGAUUAAAAGGUCGUUAUUUUAAUAUAUUGCCAUAUGGAUCUUAUGGAAAGAAAUGGGGAUUAAUUAUACAAUCAGAACAAGGAAAAAUGGUAUGGGGAAAAUGGGGUGAAUCAAUUUAUCCAGAUGCAAAUUAUAAUUUAAUUCCUGGUAGUUUUAUUGAUGAAAAAUUAGAUUCGAAUAAUAGAAUUACUGGAGGUUUAGAAUUUAUUACAAAUGGAAGAGAUUAUUUAACUUUAGAUUAUAACACAGGUUUAUCUUAUUAUAUUGGUAAUCCAACUAUUAAUAGUAGAAAAUUAGUUUGGAGUUCACAAACAAGUGUAAAUACAAUGUUUCAAAAAUAUGGUUUUCCAUUAACGUUAAAGAUUAAAAAUGAUAGUGCACUUGUUACUACACAAUAUUUUUUAGAAGGUCAAUCAAAUUGGGUAGAUGUUCCAAUAUGGAUAACUCGAGCACCAAUUAAAGGUAGUAGAUUCAUUCAUUUACCAAUUUUAAAUCAAAAUGAUAUGGAUAAUUGGGGCUGGGUAAUUCAAAAUAAAGGAUUAAAGAUUAUAUAUGGUCAUUUUAAUUCUCAACCUACAAUAAUUAGUGGAUCAAAUAAUUUUUUAAAUGGUGGUCUCAAGAGUACAUUAAAUUCAAGUAAACUCUUAUAUUCAGAUGUUUUAAAUUUUGGAUUACGUUCUGAUGGUGUUUUAGAAUUUAAAAAUUUAAUUACUGGUGAAUUAUUAUAUCCAUUUUCAUAUUCAUCUGUUUUAAUUCCAACUUCAAUUAAUGGUAUAAUUCAAUGUCCAUCAAAACAAUAUUUAGGUUAUUGGGAUAGUGAUAAUAAUUUUGGUGUUAAAAUAGUUGGUUGUCAAUUGUAUAGAGAUACUUGUAAAAAAACUGAUUCAACUUCAUGUGCUAAACAAGGAAUACGCACUCAAAAUGACAAUGAUAAAUGUUUCACUUAUUAUAAAUUCUUACCAAACUCAUUACCUUUUGGAUCAACUACAUUAGUAAUUCAAUAUGGAUUACCUGAAAUAAUGUUUAUUGGUUAUGAUAAUAUUUUAGUUUCAAAUUAUUUAUUUUAA